AUGGCAUCUCUGGGCGUGUGUGGACAGGCAGCUGGUAAAGCUUCUUUUACGAUCUCUCUUCGUACUGUGGACAACAUCAUAGUUACGAUUAAACUGAGACCUGGUGUUUCACAGGGCUGUCAAAUUCGUGUAAAAUCUUUACCCAGAUCUGACCUCAAGAUAAAGCCUGGGGAGAAUGUAACUUUUACCUUCACUUGUAAAACGCCGGAGGAAUAUUUCAUCAUGGAAAUUCAGAAAAAUAUUGACUGUGUAUCGGGUCCGUGUCCCUUUGGAGAUGUCCACCUUUACCCACCAGGACUACCUCGUCUUAAUAGGACUUUCAUCUGGGAUGUGAAAGCCAGUACAAAGGCUGGGCUUGAACUGCAGUUUGCUACCCCAUGGUUAAGACAGAUUGAACCAGGAGGCACAUGUCCAGAUUUCAUUAGUUACAACAUCAACAGCUGUAUUGAUACAGCCACGGUCGACAUUGGCACCUUCUGCAGAAAUGGCUCAGUGUCUCGGGUUAAACUGCAAGGAGGAGUCAUCAUGGCCCUGCAUCUCCCGUGGAACUCAUCUCUCACCACCUCGGGCUUUAACAUAGCAAAUAGGUCUUCCAUAAAAAGAUUAUGCAUUAUUGAAUCCACUUUGAAGGGGGAGUCUUCAGUCACCCUGAUGUCCCCCAACUAUCCACGGGGCUUUCCAGAGGAUGAGCUCAUGACAUGGCAAUUUCAUGUUCCAUCUAACAUGAGAGCAAGUGUUUUUUUCCACAACUACAGCCUCUCCAACUGCGAAAGGAAAGAGGAGAGGGUGGAGUACUACAUACCUGGCUCAGUCAGUAAUCCAGAGGUGUUUAAGCUGAGCGACAGCCAGCCUGCCAAUAUUGCUGGCAGUUUCAACCUGUCCCUGCAGGGCUGUGAUCAGGAUGCCCAGAACCCCGGCAUCCUCCGUUUGCUCUUCCAAGUCAUCGUUCAGCAUCCUCAGAUUGAUGAGAAUAUCACCCAUUUGGUUGAUCUUAGCAGAGAAUGGGAUAUGACUGUAACAAUAUACUCUGAAGGGUGGCCCAGCUGGAGCCCAUUCAUAUCUGAACCGAUAUGCCUGAUCUGUAAGGAUCCUCGCACCUGUGACCGUGCUUUGACUUUAGCGUCUGGGGCCAUCUACAAGAUUUCCUUUCUGUGCAAUGACUUGGCCCGUCUGAGAAUCACAGCUGAAAAAAAUAUAAGCUGUGUUGAUUUUUGGCGAUGUCGGAGGAAGAUCUAUGCCCUUUCAGUGCCCAAGGCUAUUACGCAAUUGCCAAUUCGACUGCAUAAGUUUAUUUGGAAGCUUUUGGCGCCAGAACUGAUCAAUGUAGAAAUUAUGUCUCCGUCCUUGAAACUUCAGCAACAUGUCCCAGAGCAGAGGUGCAACACAAGCUACAGUUACAGCAUUGUUAGUGCCACCCCAGAGGGAGAUUUAAAUGUUGGUUUAUUCUGUCCUGGGGGAUCCAUUGAAAAGAUUCAGAUGAGGAACAACAUUACCAUAUCCUUAAAAACGUUUGGUAAAGGAUUCUUCAAUGAGUCUAAUCAUCAGGAUCUGAAAAUGUCUUUUGUGCAACAUAUUGAAGAUGAAUGUACUUUCACUGUGAGUCCAGACCCAAAAGCUAAACUUUACUUAGAGACUCCCAACUGGCCUUAUGGUCUACCUCCUUAUGUCUCUAUAUCAUGGUACAUCAAAGUGCCCAGUAAGCAAGUUGCUCGCCUGGGAUUCUCAAAGGACCGCAUGGGCAUUGCUUGUGAGACAGGACGUGCUUAUCUCAACAUACAGGAACAGAAAUUCAGGGCAGAAGAAACCGUGCGUCGGGAGGAUGAACUUCUACCUGAGCCCCUAGAUAUGUACCACAACUUCUGGGUAAACAUCUCUAACUGUAAACCUGUGGAUAAGACACAUUUGACCUUACAGUUCUGGGUGACUUUUGCUGAAAAAAAGAUAGAUCUAGCAGUGAUAAUUGCUGUGGUGUCUGGGACUGGACUUCUUGUGGCUAUCGGACUCACCGUGUGCUGUGUUAGGAAGAAGAAGAAGAAAAGCCAGAAUCCUAUGGUGGGAGUAUACAACGCUAACGUGAAUACCCAGAUGCCUGGAAAACAAGGUUUAUUUAAAAAAGGGAGGAGAAACAAUGAGUCUCAUGUCUAUGCAGUGAUUGAUGAUGCUAUGGUCUAUGGGCACUUACUGAAGGAAUCCAAUGGCUCAGUCACUCCAGAAGUUGAUGUGUAUCGGCCUUUUGAUGGCCCCGUUGGUAGCUUGCCGCCUUCUCCACCUCCUUUGUCUUUCAGAAAAGAUAUUAAACUCUCUCCUGGCGUAGAGGAGCCUCCACCUCUGACAGAAACAGACCAUGAUGCUUAUACGUUUGCUCAUCAGAAAUCGGGGGAAUCGCAGAACAAUGGAGAUGCAAAUGAAAAGAAUAAUGGAGAUACGAGCACAUCCUUGCUGGAAAAAAAGGAAAGGGAUAGUUUAGAGGAGUAAUUUUAUACUGAGUAUAGCAGUUUUCUUUGGAAA